AUGUCUGCAUCAGAGGGAGCCUAUGGGUCUCAACGCUUGGCAUUGCGACAACGCAUGCCACCUCGACAGUCGUUCUCUUUCUAUCGCAUUCAACGUCCCUGCUUGAGAGUAUUUAGGGAAUGGUACAAAGAGUGGAAGACAGCCGCUCGGGAGGUGCGCAAAGCUGCAGCUUCAGAAGAUGUGGAUGGUGAGAAGAAGAAGCUUGAGAAACUAUAUGGAGAUAUGAUUGAGAUGCCAAACGGUUAUGUCGAGACAAGUGCGGAGCACGAUGGUUGGUAUUCGAAGCGCGCCGCUCAGGCGGUCUGUCGCCAUGCUGAAGCUCGACACAAUGCAGAGAUGUAG